GACAGAGGCUCGGGGCGGCAGGGGAGCAUGCCCGCGCGGCUCCGCUGAAUGGCGCCUCCUCUGCGACCCCUCGCUCGGCUGCGGCCGCCGGGGAUGCUGCACCGCGCGUUCCUGCUCCUGCUGCUGCUCAGCCCCGUGCCAGGAGCGUGGUGCUUCAGCGAACUGUUUUUUAUAAAAGAACCACAGGAUGUAACUGUCACAAGAAAGGACCCAGUCGUUUUAGAUUGCCAGGCUCACGGAGAAGUUCCUAUUAAGGUCACAUGGUUGAAAAACGGAGCAAAAGUGUCUGAAAAUAAACGAAUCGAGGUUCUUUCUAACGACUCGUUAUACAUCAGCGAGGUGGAAGGCAGACGAGGGGAGCAGUCCGAUGAAGGAUUUUAUCAGUGCUUGGCAGUGAACAAAUAUGGAGCCAUUCUUAGUCAAAAAGCUCAUCUUACCUUAUCAACGAUUUCUGCAUUUGAAGUUCAGCCAGUUUCUACUGAGGUCCAUGAAGGUGGAGUUGCUCGAUUUGCAUGCAAGAUUUCGUCCAACCCUCCUGCAGUCAUAACAUGGGAGUUCAAUCGGACAACUCUGCCUAUGACUCUGGACAGGAUAACUACCCUACCAACAGGAGUAUUGCAGAUCUAUGAUGUCGACCAGAUGGAUUCUGGGAAUUAUCGCUGUGUUGCUGCCACUGUAGCUCACCGACGUAAAAGUAUGGAGGCCUCACUAACUGUGAUUCCAGCUAAGGAGUCUAAAUCCUUCCACACACCAACCAUUAUAGCAGGUCCACAAAACAUAACAACGUCUCUUCAUCAGACUGUAGUUUUGGAAUGCAUGGCCACAGGAAAUCCCAAACCAAUCAUUUCUUGGAGCCGUCUUGAUCACAAAUCCAUUGAUGUCUUUAAUACUCGGGUACUUGGAAAUAGUAAUCUUAUGAUAUCUGAUAUCAAGCUACAACAUGCUGGAGUUUAUGUUUGUCGGGCCACUACCCCUGGAACACGUAACUUUACAGUUGCUAUGGCAACUUUAACUGUAUUAGCUCCUCCUUCAUUUGUUGAAUGGCCAGAAAGUUUAACAAGACCUCGAGCUGGCACUGCUCGAUUUGUGUGUCAGGCAGAAGGAAUCCCGUCUCCCAAGAUGUCAUGGCUGAAAAAUGGAAGGAAGAUACAUUCAAAUGGUAGAAUUAAAAUGUACAACAGCAAAUUGGUAAUCAACCAGAUUAUUCCUGAAGAUGAUGGUAUUUAUCAGUGCAUGGCUGAGAAUAGCCAAGGAUCUAUUUUAUCUAGAGCCAGACUGACUGUAGUGAUGUCAGAAGACAGACCCAGUGCUCCCUAUAAUGUACAUGCUGAAACCAUGUCAAGCUCAGCCAUCCUUUUAGCUUGGGAGAGGCCACUUUAUAAUUCAGACAAAGUCAUCGCCUAUUCUGUACACUACAUGAAAGCAGAAGGUUUAAAUAAUGAAGAGUAUCAAGUAGUCCUUGGAAAUGACACAACUCAUUAUAUUAUUGAUGACUUAGAGCCUGCCAGCAAUUAUACUUUCUACAUUGUGGCAUAUAUGCCAUUGGGAGCCAGCCAGAUGUCUGACCAUGUGACACAGAAUACUCUAGAGGAUGUUCCCCUGAGACCGCCUGAAAUUAGCUUGACAAGUCGAAGUCCCACUGAUAUUCUCAUCUCCUGGCUGCCAAUCCCAGCCAAAUAUCGGCGGGGCCAAGUGGUCCUGUAUCGUUUGUCUUUCCGCCUAAGUACUGAGAAUUCCAUCCAAGUUCUGGAGCUCCCAGGGACCACGCAUGAGUACCUUUUGGAAGGCCUGAAACCUGACAGUGUCUACCUGGUUCGGAUUACUGCUGCCACCAGAGUGGGGUUGGGAGAGUCAUCAGUAUGGACUUCACAUAAGACGCCUAAAGCUACAAGUGUGAAAGCCCCUAAGUCUCCAGAGUUGCAUUUGGAGCCUCUGAACUGUACCACCAUUUCUGUGACGUGGCAGCAAGAUGUGGAGGACACGGCCGCCAUUCUGGGCUACAAACUGUACUACAAGGAAGAAGGGCAGCAGGAGAAUGGGCCCAUUUUCUUGGAUACCAGGGACCUACUCUAUACUCUCAGUGGUUUAGACCCCAGAAGAAAAUAUCAUGUGAGGCUCCUGGCUUACAACAACAUAGAAGAUGGCUAUCAGGCAGAUCAGACCGUCAGCACUCCAGGAUGUGUGUCUGUUCGUGAUCGCAUGGUCCCUCCUCCACCGCCACCCCACAAUCUCUAUGCAAAGGCUAACACCUCGUCUUCCAUCUUCCUGCACUGGAGGAGGCCUGCAUUCACCACUGCACAAAUCAUUAACUACACCGUCCGCUGUAAUCCCGUUGGCCUGCAGAAUGCUUCUUUGGUUCUGUACCUUCAAACAUCAGAAACUCACAUGUUGGUUCAAGGUCUAGAACCAAACACCAAAUAUGAAUUUGCUGUUCGAUUACAUGUGGAUCAGCUUUCCAGUCCCUGGAGCCCUGUAGUCUACCGUUCUACUCUUCUAGAAGCACCGGCAGGCCCACCAGUUGGAGUAAAAGUGACAUUGAUAGAGGAUGACACCGCCCUGGUUUCUUGGAAACCCCCUGAUGGCCCAGAGACAGUUGUGACUCGCUAUACUAUCUUGUAUGCAUCCAGGAAGGCCUGGAUUGCAGGAGAGUGGCAGGUCCUACACCGUGAAGGAGCAAUAACCAUGGCUUUGCUAGAAAACUUGGUAGCAGGAAAUGUGUACAUUGUCAAGAUAUCAGCAUCCAAUGAGGUGGGAGAAGGACCCUUUUCAAAUUCUGUGGAGCUGGCAGUACUUCCAAAGGAAACCUCUGAAUCAAAUCAGAGGCCCAAGCGUUUAGAUGCUGCAGAUGCCAAAGUUUAUUCAGGAUAUUACCAUCUGGACCAAAAAUCAAUGACUGGCAUUGCUGUAGGUGUUGGCAUAGCCUUGACCUGCAUCCUCAUCUGUGUUCUCAUCUUAAUAUACCGAAGUAAAGCCAGGAAAUCAUCUGCUUCCAAGACGGCACAGAAUGGAGCUCAGCAGUUACCUCGUACCAGUGCCUCCUUAGCUAGUGGAAAUGUAGGAAAGAAUCUGGAAGGAACUGGAGGAAAUGAAGAAUCUUUAAUGCCAAUGAUCAUGCCAAAUAGCUUCAUUGAUGCAAAGGGAGGAACUGACCUGAUAAUUAAUAGCUAUGGUCCUAUAAUUAAAAACAACUCUAAGAAAAAAUGGUUUUUCUUCCAAGACUCAAAGAAGAUACAAGCUCAGCAGCCUCAAAGAAGAUUUACUCCAGCCGUCUGCUUUUACCAGCCAGGCACUACUGUACUAAUCAGUGAUGAAGAUUCCCCCAACUCCCCAGGGCAGACAACCAACUUCUCAAGACCCUUUGGUGUCGCACCUGAUACAGAACAUUCAGCAAAUAGUGAAGGCAGCCACGAGACUGGGGAUUCUGGACGAUUCUCUCAUGAGUCCAACGAUGAGAUACAUCUGUCCUCGGUUAUAAGUACCACUCCCCCCGGCCUUUGAUUCUUUCACUGGCAGUGAUUCAGGUGGAGAUUCCACCAUGAGGAAGUGUGACGACCCGGCUGUGUCAUCCGUUACUGAGCAGACUUCCUCUUCAGUUCUGCAGUCACCAUCUGCCAUGCUAUGCUUUGAUAAAAACAAUUUUCCAAUCUAGACGGCCACACUCAGGUAUUCUCACCAGUAAGUCUGUUCGAAGGACAAUGAACAGGGAGCCAAAGCCUUUUGUGAAAAUCUGGAUAUCUUUAUGGGGUAUUUCAGCUUUUUUGAAUGUGUUUUUUUGUUUUUAAACUUGUGUAAUUUGAAUGUUUCAUUGUCAGCAAUGUGAAAGAACAGUCAAGAUGUUUGACUGGAUUAUAGAAUAUAUCACUGGAGCAAAGGGAAGACUUUUGAAAGCCCCUUUGCUGACUAUCUACCUCAGUUUGCCCCCCGGCAAACUCUGAAGACAACUUUGUUACCUCAUUUGUUGUUAUAGUUUAUCUCAGCUACAUAACCAAUGAUACUUCCUAGUAGUAUUGUGUUUUCAUUGCUGUAUGUGUAAUGUGUGUGAUCAAAGGAGUCAUAUAGGUAGAUGAGUAAGAAUGUUUAUCUGAAGCUCUGAUUUU